CCUCGAGUCGCUCUCCUCCGAUCUUUCCGACGACAGUGAUACCGGCGACCAAAACACCGAAACGCCCGAUCCACCGACCGCGCCGACUCCGCAUCUGCCAAGGCGGAGUCCGCACGACAAACCUCCCCUGCCCGUGCCCCCCAAGCCAGAGGACGAGAGCAGGCGGGCCGAGAAGCCGAGCACCGGCGCGGUGGUCACCACGGGUGCGUUCUUUACCCGCGCAACGCUGCGGACAACUGGGGAUGUUUGAGAAUCCAAUACAGAGAACGCUAGACGGCGGGGGGAUCCGCGUGGGCGGGCGGGUUAGAGUGCUUAGUUUGGACAAAAAGUGGUACAGCGCCGUGGUCCUGGUAAUCAAGGCCGGCAGGGCACUGGUGCAUUAUCCGGAGUGGGACCACAGCUACAACGAGUGGGUCGGGGUUGAGUCGCGGCGCCUGAUGUACAAGGGCAAGGUUUCGGAGGAUGUCCAGGACGAAGCAUGGUGCGAAGACGACAGUGCUGUGGAUAUCGAUAUUGAACAGGCAAUCAGCGAUGCGUACGGGCUUGGGCAGGAGGAUGACGUCGAGGGCGACGAUGAGAAUGUAGGAAUGGCAAGCAGCCCAGCACUGAAGCCUGUGCCAUCAAGCCGCCCCCGCGGGCGUCCCACCAGCAGCCGCAACCGGCGAGUGGCAGGAAAGAACAGGGCGCCAGCUACAAAGCGCAAACGCAAGCAAGCCCCCAAAGCGCCCGAGCCAGCAGCUGAGGCUCCUCCAGCUGAAAAUACUGUGGCAGAAGAACCUGCCCCUCAAGUCCCAAGGGAGCUGCGCAUCGCUGCAGUUCGCGUAUUCCGACCCAACCACAACCCGUAUGCGCGGUUCCCGCAUCCCAGCACCAGCUCUGAUUCGGAUUCCGCCCACGAGAUCGCCGGAGAUUGUCCGCUCCAGACCGACGCUGACGAUUCCCCCGCCAAGCGCAGUCGGGUUCAGAAAGAGAAUGCAGGUGAUCUGGAUGAGUGGCGUAGCAACUCGUAUGUCACCACCGGUGCGUUUAUGACCCGGCGCGCAGUCAAAUGCCUAGCCAAUGAUUCCUCGGGCGGCAUCAUGCAGGACCACCACGGGUACUAUCCGGGCGAACUGGCCGAGGUCCUGAAUGCAAACCGCAAGUGGUAUGUGGGCCGAGUGAUCUCGUAUCUGGACAAAAAGUUCCUCGUGCACUACGCUGAGUGGGGCCACGGACACAACGAGUGGAUUGCGGCAGGCAGCAAGCGCAUGCGCAAGCUGCGCGAAUCGCCCAUGGCCUGCCUGCCUGGGUAUGCUGAGCUCCUGGCCGAGACUGAAGAGCAGGCGCGCAAGAUCUGCGCAGCUCUGGUAGACGAGUACAACAAGCACGUUGAGGAGCUGGAGCAGCAGAAGCGCGAGAAAGACAAGGCCAAGCGCAAAAGCAAGCCACGGAAGGCUCCUGUCAAUGCGCGGGUCACUAGUCUGACCAGCAGCAACCUCGCUGCUGAGACCUCUAAUGCACCAGCCUCCGCUUCUGAGGAGGAGAUGGAUGAUUUGCCGGAUGUAGACCCGAUCUCAGUGGACAGCGGAUAUAAGCCUGUACCGCAUCUGCUGCGUGUCAAGGACUACGCACACGUAUAUCACAAGGGCAUGAUGAUUGCAGCGCGCGACCGCAACAGGCUAUGGUGGAAGGCUGAGAUCACCGAUGUGAAGACGUUCCGGAUCCGUGUGCACUAUAUUGGAUUCAGUCGCCGCUGGGACGAGUGGAUGGAGAUGAACACGCAGCGCAUUAUGCUCGCGACUGAGCAGCCAGACACUGCUGCCAACGCCGAACCACCAGUGCCAGCGACGUCUGCCGAGAACGACUCACAGGCCAAAUUAAGACUGGACACUGGACCAGAACGACGACGACGGGCAUUCGAGGGCAUCCGAGGUGUCCACAGCUGAGACACACUAUGACGCAGCACCCGCUCCCAAGGCAUUC